UUGUCAAAGUGGAAUUGAGAUCAUAUGAUCAAUGAAGACCCUGUUUAGUUAAGUACUUGCUUACAAGGUUCCUCCCUGUUUUAUAAAAUCUAAUUAGAAAAACUAGAAAUCACCAAAUUUCUUAAUUUUUCAAAUUAAAUACAAAUUCUAACAUAACCAUGGCUCUAAGCGAUGCAGAUGUUCAAAAACAGAUCAAGCAUAUGAUGGCUUUCAUUGAGCAAGAAGCCAAUGAAAAAGCUGAAGAAAUUGAUGCAAAAGCUGAGGAGGAGUUCAAUAUUGAAAAGGGCCGUUUGGUUCAACAGCAGCGAUUGAAAAUUAUGGAAUAUUAUGAGAAAAAGGAGAAACAGGUUGAACUCCAAAAGAAAAUUCAAUCCUCUAAUAUGCUGAAUCAAGCACGACUUAAAGUAUUGAAAGUUCGUGAAGAUCAUGUGAGGAAUGUUUUGGAAGAUGCACGCAAGAGAUUGGGAGAUGUUACCAGAGACCAGGGAAGGUACAGAGAGAUUCUGGAAUCUCUUAUUCUUCAAGGUUUAUACCAGCUUUUUGAAUCUAAUGUUGUUAUUCGCGUUCGUCCCCAAGACCGAGAUCUUGUCAGGUCAAUAACUUCAAAUGUUGAAGAAAAGUAUAAGGACGGAUGUGGUAAGGAGGUCAAUUUGAAAAUUGAUGAUGAGUCCCACUUGAACCAAGAUUCGACUGGUGGUGUGGAACUUUUGGCUCAAAGAGGAAGAAUCAAGAUCAACAACACCCUGGAAGCUAGAUUAGAGCUAAUUGCUCAACAAUUGGUUCCAGAAAUCCGUACUGCUCUGUUUGGACGUAACGUAAACAGAAAAUUCACCGAUUAAAUCCAUUCCCAAACCUCAAACACUGUAUUAUUAAUUGAAUUAUUUUCAAUGCACAAAAAAAUAAUAUAAUAUUAAAUUUAUUCUCCAUUGUUUACAUAUAGUUGUGCAAUUGAUCCAUGAUUGAUGUAUAAAGCAAUUCCAUUUUAAUAGUAUAAAAGUUAUACCCCUGUUAGUCUAAUUUUUGGUUUUAGAUUACAAAAAAUAUUUGUGAAGUUCCGUAGAUCUAGAAUUUGAUUUGUUGUAACAUUAUUGAAAUCGAAGUAUAGCCUGUUAUAUAUUA